UAUACAGAAUGGAAAAAUUAUUAAAAUAAUUAGGUUAUCACAACUGUCACAACGUAAAUAAAAAUAACUCGUAUAAAAAUAAGUUGACUAUUUAUGAAACAUUUAAAACAAGUUAGUCUCAAUCGACAUACGAUAAAGAUUAUUCGCCGUUGAAUAUUCUGAUUCGCUCGAGUGAAUAGUUUGAUAUAAAAAAUAAGUUACGCUAAAUAUUUUCGCGUAUUAAAAAAAAGCAUAAGUUAAGAGAGAUAAAAUAUAACCUGCAAAAGAUAAAAUAUUCUUAAACGAAAAAUAAAUGAUUUUCGACACGUUUUGUUAAUUAUGAUAAAGUUAUCAUUGACGUAUCAUAGAAGAACUGUUUGUUGGUAUUGCUUGAUCAACAGUUCAUUUUAAAAUAAUUCUUUUGGUUUAGGUUAUGUUUUAUUUCUUAUUCAUUCUAUAAAGUUUGUAAGCGAAGCAUUGUUCUGCAUUGAUACGUAUUCGUACUGUAUGAAACUAAACGUUAAAUUAUCAAAAUGUUAUUACGAAAGAUAAGCACUUUACUACAAGUUUCUGUUUCUGGUCAAAACAUAAGUAAAAGAUACCUAAAUUUUGUACCAAUUGUGGUAGAGCAAAGUGGACGAGGUGAACGUGCAUACGAUAUCUACUCACGUCUUUUAAAGGAACGGAUUAUAUGUCUAAUGGGCCCGAUCACAGAUAAUGUAUCUUCCGUAGUGAUUGCUCAACUGCUGUUUCUUCAGUCAGAAAGUAGUAAAAAUCCAAUUCAUAUGUACAUUAAUUCACCUGGUGGAAGCGUAACAGCAGGUCUUGGUAUAUAUGACACCAUGCAGUAUGUUCUUCCUCCAGUUGCAACAUGGUGUGUAGGGCAAGCAUGUUCAAUGGCAAGUUUAUUAUUAGCGGCAGGGUCAAAAGGAAUGCGUCAUUCAUUGCCCAAUGCAAGAAUUAUGACGCAUCAACCAUCAGGAGGAGUAUCUGGCCAGGCUACAGAUAUUCAAAUACAAGCUGUAGAGAUAUUAAAGCUCAAAAAGCAAAUUAACAACUUAUAUGUUAAACAUACAGGCAUGGAUCUAGAAAAAAUAGAACGUUCUAUGGAAAGGGAUAAUUUCAUGAGUCCAUUUCAAGCAAAGGAAUUUGGAAUAAUAGAUAAAGUACUAACUCAUCCUUUGCAAGAGGAAGAAGAAGAUACUACAAAGUUAACAGAAACUUCUCUUGAGGCCACUUUGCAACCUUGAUACUAGGAUUAGGAGAUAAACCUAAUUAAAAUUACGAAAUUUUAUUAAAACAUGUAUUUAUCAAUAUCUAAAAAUAGUAAUAAAAUAUUUUUAAGA